AUGGCCGACUAUGCCCCACCUCCGGGCCCUCCUCCGCCUCAAGUCCCAGAAGGCUGGAAGGCCCAGUGGAACGACCAAUACAAACAAUGGUUCUUCGUAAACCUGCACACCAAGCAGUCACAAUGGGAGAAGCCCACCGAGCCCGCCUACGCUUCCUCGGGUGGCGCCCCUCCCGGUGCUCCUCCAGGCUACGACCACAACCAGUCUCAGUACACCGGUCCCGAGAAGGGCGGCUACGGUUCAAAUAACCCCUACGGCUCAAGCAUUCACUCGGGUGGCUCAGCACACAACGUCAACGACGACGAAGCCCUUGCCCGCAAGCUUCAAGCCGAGGAAGAAGCUCGCGCUCGUCAGUCUGGUCAAUCCUCCACUCGCACAGGCGCAUCCGACAACUACUACAGCUCUGGAACCCCUCAAUACCAGUCCCAAUCCCAGCCUCAGUAUUCGAACCAGUCUCAGCCCCAGUACUCGAACGAGCUGCCUCCUCGCGACCAGGACCGCGGCAAGAAGGGCGGUCUCAUGGGCAAGCUUCUCGGCAAGGUCUCAGGAUCCAGCUCGCGUCCCCAGCAGGGUUACGGACAGCAGGGUUAUCCGUCUGGUGGCAUGAUGGGCGGUGGUGGCUAUGGCAUGCAACAGCAGCACUACGGCGGAUACCCUCAGCAAGGCUACGGAGGCUACCCACAGCAGCAGAUGUACGGCCAGCCGCAGCGUAAGACGGGCGGUGGUAUGGGCAUGGGUGGCAUGGCUCUUGCUGGUGGUGCUGGUCUGCUUGGUGGUGCUAUGUUGAUGAACGGCAUCGACGAUAUGGAAGACCACGCCUACGAGCAAGGCUACGAGAACGGAGGUGGCGGUGAUGACUACGGCGGCGGCGGCGAUGAUUUCGGUGGUGGCGAUGACGGCGGCGGCGACUUCUAG